CAAGUGAAUUAAUUACCUUCCUAACCUCUUCUCAACUUUCUCUAACCUGACAUAUAUUAUAUUAUGGAUUGUCAACUGAAGGGAGGUAUCCAAUCAUAAUCUCUAUCACAGUUAAAAUUCCUUUAGGCCAAGAGAGAAAAGAAGGGAUCUUUCAUCAACGAUUUUUCAUACCCUCGGUUGUUUCCCUAGGAUUUGGGCUUGAUUUACUAGAGCUUGCGUUCGUUGUCUGGGUCCACCCACCUGUUAAGUAAACUGCCGGCCGACAUUCUGCUCAUGAAUGCCUGACCAGCCUUAAGGACGAGUUGUUCCGAAGGAACGGGUUAGGGAGGGUGUAUGAACACAGCAGCAGCAACUACAAAAAUACCAAACGAAAAGGACAGAACUCCAAAAGGAGAUAUCAAAGCUUAGAUACACAAUCCGUAUUCAACCAGUGGUUGUGUUCUUUGUCUUUACGUUCGAUUGAUAUGAAAAUCUCUUACAGUCAUCAAAUAUGAGUAAAUUCUAUUUUGGUGGAGGAUCGGGUGAUGUUUCCUCGGACGAUGAGGACAAUCUCCCAUACCCCGAAGCACUUCCCCGAAGCGAUUUUCUGGCUCCAACUUUCGAUGCACCAACCUAUCUAUCGACUUUAUCAGAUCGCCACCAGACCCUCGAGGAUUUACGUUCCGAUCUUCGCGAGCGUUCACAGGCUCUCUCAAAAGAACUAUUAGAUCUAGUGAAUACCAAUUAUGAACAAUUCCUGAGCUUGGGCUCGGACCUUAAGGGUGGAGAAGAGAAGGUUGAAGAUGUUAGGGUGGGGCUAUUGGGUUUUAAAAGAGGUGUUGAGGAUGUGAGAGGGAAAGUUAGAGAAAGGAAAUUGGAGGUUGAAGGUCUUCUUGGCGAGAAGAAAAAUGUUAGUAAGGACAUAGCUUUGGGAAGGAAAUUGCUCGAGGUUGAUUCACGACUUGAAGAGUUGGAGGAUAGGUUAAUGGUUGCGUCGCUCGGUCGGUCACCAAACGGGCUUGAAGAUUCUUGGAGUGAAGAUGAAGAUGAAGAUGAGGAUGAGGACGGACUGGCUAUCGAUGGACUUGUCAACGGAACAAGUACGAGGAAGCUACAGAGACUUGUGCUAGACUAUCGUAACAUUGAGCAUUUGUCAACCACAGUUGGGUUUGAUCAUCCCUUCAUUGCAGCCCAGCAACCUCGAUUAUUGCGGCUGAAAAACACCAUUAUUCUGGAUUUAAAUACUGCUUUAAAGCAUGCAAUGUCUUUAAAGGAAGAAGGUCAACCGCGAUUGAUCAAAAUCAUGGGCAUAUACCAUGAUUUGGGAGCUGGCGACGAAGCCGUCAAGAUAUUGAGAGGCGUUAAAUCCACAUAACAAUUGAAUGAUGUAUUUUGUAGGCUUCAGGAGUUUAUAGGAAUAUACCCAGCUAAUAGAAUGAGUCUUCAUUAU